ACUUUUUGUAUUUUGACUGUAAUGAUUCAUUGAUGUUUUGUAGAAUUCCUCUGACGCAUUAACAGCGGCAACAGCGUAUUUUGACUUAUUCUUGGGAAGCAUUACUGAACCUAAAUUGAUGAAGGUUUUUCUGAAGUUCAUUCUUCAAGAAACAUUUGAUGAAGUUCAGAUAUUGCAUUCACUUAUACAACGAAUUGAUACUAAGAAUGAGGUAAUCAACAUAGUUAUCUGUAGAAGCUACAAUGAACCUGAACCACUUUCGGCUCAAAAGUGGUACAUUUUUCCGCGCGUAAUACUAAAAUACUCAAAAUUUGCUAAUUUUGGAAAUUUUACUAAUUUAAGGAUGUUCUUUGAAGCUAUAAAUAAUAAUGAAAGAUUUCGUCCUUCUUGUCUGGAUCAAAAUUUAGUCUAUGCUGGAAUCAUCCAUUGGCAAAACGGCGUAUAACGCCGAAUUUUUUACUGAAGCUAACACCCUGAUAAAUGUGAAUGUAACUUUAUAUGGUUAACUAAAAGUGGUUACAUAUUGGUUUAUUUUGGAGAUCCAUGUUACGACCACAAGCACUUAUCAAUGUAUAAGACCAAAAUUUUUCUUUGGUGCAAUUUAAGUAUACUGUUAUCAGUCAAUUUCACAUGACCAAAUUGACUGACCAUAAUUAGUAAUUCUUUCUUUGCUAUUCGAUCAGCUACUGUAUAGGAGGAGUUUAAAUUAAUAAGGCAAACCGUGCUUGUAAAGUCAUCAGCACCGCGAGGAAUUUAAACCUUGAGAGGUUGUAAACACAGCAAGCAAAACACAGGGCGUUGGUAAAACGACUUACAGGUAUAUGGUCCCGGAAUAGUUGGCUUACCUUGAUUUCUUUCAUUUCAGCUAUGUUUAGUAACAUUGGCGUUAUUUCAGACGCUUGUCAACCUGAAUUCUGAGGAUGUGAUGAUUGAACUGGUUUUGAAGUAAGUAUAUCACUUAUCACUUAAGUAAAAUUUCGUACUGGUAAUCGAUUAAUUGUUAUCAACAAUCGAUUAAUCGUAUUGAAUAAAUCAAUGUAGACACAUCCAUAAUGAUUAAUGUCGCUUCCAAGAAAGGGGCAUGUUUUUAUUUGAUAGCCAUUGGUAUAGCAGAGAAAUCAAAUCAAAGCUAGUGGUAGCAGAGAAAUCAAAUCAAGGUUGUGUUUGUCUUUUGAUCACAUCGACAAUACGAUCUCGUAACUGACACUUAAGUGAAGGGCAGGGCAGGAAAAAAGAAUUUUCUUCCUGGGAGCACAACCUGGAGACAAAAAAUUCCUGCAGACCAACGGAAUAUUUUCGUGCUAAAUCUGCAUGUGCAUAAACAUAUAGUGUUCUAGCUGACCAUGGUUUUAAAUUCAAGGAAUAAUGCCUGUCAACCAUACGUUGUUGCGUCCGUAGUGGGACAUGGGUGUUAAGGUUUCCUUCAAAUGUUCAAUAGCAAAUCUUCAUGAUUCAAACGAAUUUCCUGCAGCUGUUUAACAUUUCCUGCGAGCAGUGCUCGCCUAUUUUUUCCACCCCUGGUGAAGGGUCAGUCAACGCUCUACCGACGUUCUACUGAAGUCGUGGGUUUUCGCCGGGUAGUUCAGUUUCCUCCCUGUUCCGUUGACAGGCACGGGUGUGUUGGAAUAAUUCCUGAACUGACCCUUCCAUCGUACGAUAGCUUGCUCCGCGAUCAGAACGAGUUAUAAGGUGGCAACCAGAGACACCCCUUAGAAAAAGUGGCAGACACUUCGCGAAAUAAUGUAGGUCGCCGACAUAUUGACCACGCUGGAAAUCUUAGUUUCCCCUGACCCCCGCCACUACUCGGACAUCCUUCGACUCGUUGCUCUUAGGUCUCAGACGACGUUCACAGUACGCCGGACGGCCUUGAAAAAAACCCAGGAAAGUCACAAUUAGCCGUCGCAUUCACACUAGCCGGAGCAAAAAUGUUUGAAAACGUCACUUUUGCCUUAACAAUUUAAGCACGUGUUACUGUAUGUACUCAAGUGAAUAUGUUACUCUGAGUGUGUGUUGGUGUAUCAUAUCUUACAAAUAUCAUAUCUUAGAAUACACUGAUAUCGAAGAAAUUAGACUCAGUUCCGAAAUACAUCAUCAACUCGAACCGAUUUGACCGCGUAGCUCAGUUGCAGAGCAUAGGACUAGUAUCCCAAAGGUCGCUGGUUCGAUUCCCACCGUGUUCAGGCAAACUUUUCAGCUCGCCCGGUGUGGAUGCACACUCAGAGUAACAUCACAAACAUCAAUUUAAGCACGGUUUCUAAAGGGGGCAAGAUGAAAACGGAGCGAGAUGAAAACGAAGCGCUAGCGACUUCGUGUGAACACAAACGCCGUUACUUUUUUGAACCGCUUGCAAACCAAGCAUCUCUGGUCUUAAAACGGUAAAUUCGAAUGCUUUUCGUUUAAAUUUCUUUGCUCUAUUUGAAAUACUAUGAGUGCUAAUUUAAUUUGUGAACAAACUGUAACGGCGUAGUGUGCGGGCAUUGUUAGUGCUGUGCAAAGUCCGGGUUUUUCACCUCCAGCUCCGUUCAAUUCGCCGUGAAAAUUCGAAAUUUAGUGGGAAUUUCACAUUUUAAAGUUGAAGCACUAUCUUUGUUUUUGAUUUUAAGACUUCACAUGAACAUUUCGUACUAUGUUUUUCGUCGAUGGAUUCAGGCCUUCUCGCCGAUGUUCGACAUUAGCUUGCUGCACAAAUAAUUGCUGCCGGAUUUGAGCAAACUCCCGCUCAAGCAAAAUGGACCAAAACUCUGGCGCACAGCACUAUAGGCAUUAUUUCGCUCCUGUGUAGUAUACUAGCUAGUAUGAUCGUAUUGUAGUCUCAAUUGCAAGUACUGUAAAGAUGAUUAGCACACCCCACUUCUUUUCGUUUACUUUUUCCUGAUUUCUUGUAUUUCUUCCUAGAUACCUUCUACCUUGUAAUCACGUUAUGGGAAGUCAAAGGAAGAUGAUUCAGGAAAUGGAUUUAUAUGGAAAAGUUGCUGUGCGAUUUUUAACUUCGAUCCCAUCUUGUUGUUAUUCACACGUACAAAGCGAGUCAAUCUCGACUGCGGAGGACGCUCCCGUCGAAGGCAACUCCAGUAAGGAGAAACAAACAAAUGUCAGCGCUGAGGAACUGGGUAGUUUGUCAUCGGAUUUCUUGAAUUAUUUACUUGAUGUGAGGAAAAAUUUGUCGGAACGUCGAAUGGCGUGUUCCUGUUGGUCUGCGCAUUGGGAUGGACUGGAUCCUAGUUACGAAAACGCAGACACGGCUGAUAAACCUGUGUCAAAUGGUACUGUAAUGCAUACGAGCACGUCGUCGCCAGAAAUAUCACAAUUAUGUAAGAACGAAGACAAACCUGCACGUAAAAGAUCACUUUCAAUCGAAAAUGAUAAACUGGAAGUCUUGCUUGGUCCUUUCAUUACGAAAUUGUUUACGAAACUGGAAAAAAUGCCGGAGAACUCGAUAGCUCUGAAUGAAGUUCUAACUGGAAUAAUUUCAAGUCUAGCCGAGUAUCCUCAACCAUUACUCAGAUCAUUCUUAUUGAACCAUAGCUUGGUGUUACAACCGGACGUCAAGUCGAUAUUUCAGGUAAAAAAAGUCCACGGACCUGCAGAUGAAGUAAAUGGAGAGACAAAAUUACUGCAUCGUGCACCAACAGCUGACACCAAACGCUGUGGCAUAUUGUCUUAGAUGUUUUAAAUUUUGAAUAUUUUUAAUCAAUAUUUCUCUAAAUCGUUUUUGGAAAGUGCAGAAAAAUGUCGCUCGUAUUACUUCACCUUGUAUCAGUGGCAAUCAUAUAGUGUAAAAACCCGCAAUCGCGAUUACACUGGAAUUUGAAUUGUAUUUCAAAAUCCUUACCGUGGAAAUAGUAAGGAUAUGGAUCUUACAAUGGAAGUCCAUGGACAUACUAUGGAUUUAGUGAUGCAAUGAAUUUCACUAUGUUUUCCAGUGUUAUUGAUCACAAUUAUACUAAAACUGCAUAAGCUGUAACAAACCUGCAGCAGACUUGUGACAAAUGCUGUUCCAACAACUUGUCAACAGGAUGUGUUCGCACUGCUUGUUCCCAGCUUGUUGACAACUCGCUACAAGGUUGUUGAGCUCAACAGAUUUGUUACAAGUUGUUCCAACAAACUUGUUAUCGUCCUGCAAUUGAACAAUUUGUCUACAAGUUGUGAGUGACAACCUUGUGGCAACUUGAUAAAAUAAUAGCAUUGUUACAACUUAUUGACAAGCUUGCUACAAGCCUGAUGUGAGAUUUUUACGUGUGUAUACUGUAGACGGAAAGGGGUGCUUUUCAUGUUUUAACUGAACAUUCCUUUUAAAAUUAUUUUAUUUUUUAAUCCCAUAAUUCCAUAAAGUUUAAUAUUAUAUUAUUUUUGUAAUGUGGUUUGUAGUCAUUUGUAGACUUGAAGAUGGACAGCAAAACUGCCCGAAACGUUGCAAAAAUAAUUAUAUUAAAGCUUCCGUAUAAUCCUUUAUGGAAUUAAAAAUAAAAAAUAAAAGAAUUUUAAAAAAGUGUUUUGAACGGAAGUGAAAGUUUUAGAAAGAAAAUUAACUGAAUAUUGCUCAUUAAUUUUCCUUGCAGAUUUUAAACUCGGUGAAAGCAAGGGUUGAGUCAAAUUUAAGUCAGUUAGACAACCUCCAGCAACCGUUAAUGCUUGCAAAACAGAACUUAAUUGAACGCGAAGAAACAAGAAAGCGAGCGGUAUCUCCCAAAGUAUCUCAACCUGCCAGUCCUAAAUCAUCGAGAGAUCGAACAAAAUCUGGGCGUUCUUCUAGUAACAGUCCUUCACGUAUCAAAACUCCUGAAGUGCCCUCACCGUACAGAAAUACAUUUGUAGAAAGAAAGAAUUUUAUUGUAGGGCCUGUUGAUUCCUCAUCCAGCGACCAAGAUCUUGAAAACGCCAUUGGACAGGCAUCAAGCUGGAUUUUAUUGAACUUGGGACCGAAAGGUAUUUCACGUGAAAGAACACGCAGCAAACAUAUCAGUAAGAUAAAGAAUACAGUUUAUUGUGCAGUAUUGAUGGAGGAAUGGAUGAAAGAACUGGCUGCCAUCUCAUUAGAACAUGCAGUUCAACCGUAUCCAGAUUUCGAUUAGUGAGGGGUUCAACGUUGAUGGUUCAAACUUAAAGCGAUAAAACCUCGACCUCUAAGCCCGUGUAUAAACAGGCUCUUAGCCAGGGCAGGCGGCCAUCCAACCGUCCUAUGGGCAGCCACGUUUGAAUAUGGGCGGCCUAACAAAAUUUUUUUAAACGACAACUUGCAAGUGAUAUUUCUUGAAUACCUGAAAAGCUGCUGUUUACUUUAUGCUCUUUACGCUUUUUUGUCGAAAAGACACUGAAUGAUGAGUAUAUGCCAAUUGAUUUCGUGCGCCAUGUUUUGUGUGCCACGCGUUUUGUGUGCUAUUUUUUGGAUGGCCAAUUUUGACACCCAGCCCAAAAGGUUGCCUUAGGCAUGUACAAGUCCAUUCUCCAGUCGCGGUUAGGGGUCGAGGUUUCACGAGGUUGAGUUUUGACUUUGAGAGGCUGUAUAUUUCCAUCCCCAAGCGGAUAUGACAUUUCUUGGGUCGUUGGGUUUUAAUCUUAGAAAUACGUAGAGCACAAACAAGUAUAUUUUUCAAGUCAAUUGAUAUAUCGAAUUAAUAUUAGUAUAGCUAUAGUUACACUUGAGUUUGAAAUAAAUUUGGAUAUAUAGAUGCUUUACGUCACGAUGUCACAAAAUUUUAAAAAAAUAAAAAGCUGCAAAGCUGGCUGUUUUAUAUGUUCCGUAUAGCCUUUACCAAGUCGAUACAAUUUUCCUCUUCGAGUUAUACUGAUGGUAUUUUUAAAAAUAUAAGUGCCGGCGUCACAUUUUUUUGGAUGCUGGUAGAACUGUGUCGUACACACAAUUUGUAGAGGUAACUGUAUGGUUUCGAGUACAAUUUGGGAAAAAAACAUGCACGAGUUAGUUUUUCAACGGCGAUCAAAAUUGCGCAUGUGCAGUUUUAAGUUUUUGAAAAACGCAGUUUUAAGUUUUUGAACUAUAUAUAUAUAUAUAUAAACACCGCGGAAAAACGUCUGCGCGUGCACCAAAUUAUGAAAAUAUGGCGGGGAAUUUGAAUAUCAAUUUCUAAAACAAAAACAUGCUUAUUAAUUGGUCAAAAAUUAGUAAAACAAACGAGAAAAUAUAGCAAAUGGGUAGACUAGACAUUAAUUGAAAGCGUUCUGGCAUUUAAAGUAUGGAAUGAAAUAUAAUUCAUGUAAAAAAAUGUUGAUUUUAACGGACACGACUUCGAAAAUAUGUGCAAAAUUAUUCAAAACAAAAAUUCAAACUCAAAAGUUAAGAAAACUCUCGAAAAGUUAAGCUUCUUAACCCACUCAAAUUGUAGAAUAAAUCCUAAAGUUUAAUUAUUGUGAACACGCAAAUUUUUUAUAUUUAGCGACACAGUUUUUUUUAAAGAAAUGUAUCUCAAACGAAAAUUCGGAAAUUGUCAUUGCUUAGUUGAUAAACAAAAUGUUUCAGACGAUAAAUUUGUCAACAAUCACCUUUAGUUCAUGUUCUUGUACAAUACAAUUUCUUGAACCUUCUGGCUGUAUUUAUUUCUAGUUUUUAGAAUGACAUGUUUAUUUUUGCGCUUGAAAUCUGGCUGUAAAGACGCACAAUGAAGUCACUCCUUUUUACCGCCAUUUUGAGCCUUCGGAAACGUUCGGAACAGCUUCUCAUCAAGUUCGCAAUACUAUUACAGGUAAGGUUGAUGCAUGCGCAGACGUUUUUCCGCGGUGUUAUAUAUAUAUGCAUGACAUUAUUAGGUUUUAUUGUAUAGAUGCCUGGUAAGGUUAAGAAGUUACGUUUAAUUUAAUCCAACCUUAAAGAACAAUCUGAACAUUUCGGCUAAACUCUCCCUUGCUUUUUGGUCGCCAUCUUGGUGUACUAGCCUACUUUGCGGUGAAUAAAAUUCAAGUGUUAUACUGUUAUUAGUAUAGGUUAUUGUAUUGGUUUUGAGUGCAAUUUGGAAAAAAACAUGCACGAGUGAGUUUUUCAAAGACUAUCAAAAAUUGAAAGUCUUUGAAAAGCUCACAAGUGUAUGUUUUCUCAAAUUGCACGAGAAACCAUAUUUAUUACCUAUUAGUAAUAUACAUGAAAAAAUUAUGCAGUCACGUGAGAAAAUUAAGAAGUUUGAAAAAUAUAAAAUUAAGAAAUUUGCAUUGUAUUUCAUUUUUUGCACUUGUAUUUCAUUUAUUUGGCACUGUAUUUCGAAAAAAUUCCACUGCUCUUAGCCAAUCAAAAUUGAUAAUUUUUUCAUGUAUAUUAUUUCCUUUAUUAAUUAAAGUGGGAUUGGAUAUCUAAAUGUUGUUGAUAUAUAACAGCAAUAAAUAUAUUUUAGAACUUCGUGACACGAAGGAGAAAUAAUUUUGUCGACUCGCAGUUUUUUGGGAACAAUCGUGACAGCGAUCUGGAAAACAUGCAUAUGAGAUAGCCAAGUUUGUUCCUUCAGCGGUUUAGAUUUUAGAAUUUGUCACGUGAUCGAUGUAAACCAUCUGUAAACACAAAACCUACAAAAUUUAUCACUUUAAUAAUAAGAUGUAUUAAAAGUACGGAGUAUAUUUAUAAAUAUAAUGAUCAUGUCACUCUGUCAAAUAUAAUUGGAAAAAACUGAAGUAUUUUAAUAAAGAGCUAGAUAAUCAUUAACUUCUUCUAGUCAUUGAUGUCUGUGAUGUUACUUUGAGUGUGCAUCCACACCGCGGAAGCUGAAACGUUUGCCUGACCACGGUGGGAAUUGAACCCGCGACCUUUGGGAUAUACCAGUCCAAUGCUCUGCCCGGG